AUGGAGAGAAAAGAGAAGGAAGUUGAUGAGGAGGAACAAACUAGUGGAGAAAAGAGUGAGGUCGAAAAGAUGGGAGAAAAAGAAGAGAGAAAAGAUGAGACUAAGAGAAAAGGAAGUGAAAAUGAUAAGGGAGAAGACAAGAAGAAAGAGGAAAAAGGGAAAAGAAAGAUUAAAGUUCAUGAGAAGCCCCUUCCUUACCCUAAAGUCUACUCAAGGAAGGAGAAAGAGAAGCAAUUUGGGCAUUUCAUGGAUAUCUUCAAGAAAUUGGAGAUUACUUUACCCUUGACCGAAGCACUACAACAAAUUCCUCCUUAUGCAAAAUACUUGAAGCAGUUUCUCAAUAAAAAGAAGUAUUUAGAUGAGGAAACAAUUGAAGUACAGGGGAACUGCAGUGCCAUUAUGCAGAAGAAUCUCUCUCCUAAAUUCAAAGAUUUGGGGAGUUUCACCAUCCCUUGCACCAUUGGAAACCAUGAUAUAGGGAAGGCUCUCGUUGACUUAGGCGCUAGCAUUAAUCUGAUGCCCCUAUCUAUGCUCAAGAAGAUUGGUGGUCUUGAGGUCAAACCCACAAGAAUGAUCUUGCAAAUGGCAGAUAGAUCCAUCAAGCAUCCCUAUGGUGUAGUGGAAGAUGUUGUGAUCCAAAUUGAUAAACUCAAAUUCCCAGUUGAUUUUGUAGUGAUGGAAAUGGGGGAAGAGGUAGAUAUACCUCUCAUUCUUGGAAGACCUUAA